UUUCCUCCAAUUCUCCACAAUCUUAAAUCUUUUUGGCAAAGCGAGAAGGCGUAGCCAUGUUGGGAAAAAGGCCGUUCAUCCGGAAGUUGUCGGACCUCUUGAUAUCCGGCUGCGGCGGCGGCCGGUCCGGGCCCUCCGACCACCCCGUGGGGAGCCCGAGGACCCCCUUCGACUUCAAGGCUCAGUCGCCGAGGAGCCCGAGGGGCUACGACCUCGGCGGGGUCGGGCUCGGCAUCGUGGCGGCUCUCGGUCGAUCCGGCGGCGAGGCCUCGGGGACGCACCUCGUGUGCGGCCCCCGGUGUCUCGGCCGCGCCCGGAUCGGUGGAGGAGGUUUCGAGGACGCGGAGGUGGAGGCGGAGGCGGAUGAUUGCUUGGAGAACUACACGUACGUGACUUGUCACGGACCCGACAAAUCCUUCACCAAGGUGUAUUACGAUGGGGGUCUGGAUUGGCCAAGUGAGCAGGAGAGUGAUUAUGGUGUUUUGAGAGAGCCAACGUCAAGGAUCACGAGUGAAGAAGAAGAAGAAGAACAAGAAGAAGAAGAGGAAGACGUUCCAGUUUUUCAGACGCUGGACUUCCUAAGUUCAUGUCACUUGUGUGGGAAGAAGCUCCAUGACAUAGACAUCUACAUGUACAGGGGAGAGAAAGCGUUCUGCAGCACCGAGUGCAGAUCGACGCAAAUGACCAUGGACGAGCGGAAAGAGCAGAAAUGCAGGAACGAGGCGUCGAAAGCCGCCGACGUUUCGAGCUCGCCAUACACGAAGGACCGGAUCUUCUCGACUGGGAUUGUUGCGAUUUAGGGGAGGGCGGGCUAAAGGCACACGAGCGCAGACACCCGGAAGAUGGUAAACAACCUCGUACAUAUAGACGGCAUGAUACGACUACACGAGAGCUUAAUCUUAGCUUUUGGUUUUUGAGAAGAAAGACGAGAGAAAACGGAAAUUUUGCUCGGAUGUAAGAGUGGAGCUCCAAAUUCUGUAAUGAAAAAUCUGGUGCUCAGAAGACGAAAUGAAGUGAAUUGUAACUUCCAAUAU